AUGAAAACGUUACCAUGCCCACAAACUGUACGACGCUGGUUUUUGAAAGUCAAUCUUACUCCUGGCAUUAAAAAAGAGCGGCUGAAUAAUAAAGAAUUAAAAUUUGGCUUACAAGUGGAUGAGAUGUCGAUAAAAAAACAAGUCGAGUUCAGAAAUAAUGCUUGUUAUGGAUUCGUCGACAUAGGCAAUGAAACAAAAAAAAAAUUAGAAGAAGCAUCAUACGCUCUUGUAUUCAUGAUU